AUGACACAACCCAAUAGUCAGAACAACCCCGGGGCCGUCCCAGAGGGUCCGCCCACAAAACGAAUCAAUAUGAACGAUACGCCACCCAUUGCGUUGACCCCAGCAGAUGAUGGAAGCGAUUUCUACAACACUCCGCUGGUUUCAGGGACGCCGGUAAAUGGGGAGCACAAGGUGGAAAAUGAAUUCAAACCUGUGGUCACCGAGGAACCCGUCUCCUCUGUCCCACCUCCACAAAUCCCGGGUUUGAGUCUGGUUAACGACAGCCUCAGUCAAAACCGGUCCAGCCAGAAUCCCGGCACGAACGAAAACUCGAACAUUACAGAUUCAAAGAUUCCUACUCGAGAAACGGAAAUGGAAACCCAGCCUACUGCCGUGCAUAGUGGACAAGAGACACAGAAGGAAGGGGCUGAGAGGCCGGCAGAGGGAGGCCCAGAUGCGAUGGAAGUCGAGGAGGAAGAUAAACAGCCCAAGAGAGAGAUUGAAGUGAACAAGGCGCAGGAGGGGUCUGAUAAGAUGGGUGGUGAUGAGGAUGGAACCGUGAAUGCAGCUGCUGACACCGCCGCGACCAUGCAAGCCGAACAGCAGGAGGAAGAGGAGGAGCACCCAGAAUGGGAGAUGGAUUCCUCCCCGUACGAGUCCUCCUCUGACAGCUCCUCGGACUCUUCCGACGAGAGCGACGAGGAUGAGGAUUAUCCGAUCCUGAGUCCCGAGGAACAAGCGCGGAUUCUGAUGCAGGCUGAGCUAGGCUCUGAUGACGAAGGGGAGGGUAAGGGUAAAUCCGGUGCUCCUUUAAAGACAGCGAACGAGAUCCCUGAGGAAGUUCUGCCUAUUCCGGACAUUUCAAUUACCCCGGAAAUGAAGAUCGUGCUCCUAGGGCACGUGGAGGCGGCGAUUGACAACACUGUACUAAUCGCGGCGAACACCACCGGAGAAUACCAAGUCCUCGAGGCUGGCUCACUUCUCUGCUUGGAAGAUCGCCGCGUCGCCGGUGUGGUCUCUGAGACCUUAGGGCGUGUCGAGAACCCGCUGUAUGCUGUCAGAUUUGCCACAACCGCCGAUGUUGAGAAGCAUGGUCUCUCUAGAGGCACUGUCGUAUACUAUGUCGUGGAUCACUCAACGUUUGUCUUCACACAACCUUUGAAAGGCUUGAAGGGAAGUGAUGCGUCCAACUUCCACGAUGAGGAAGUCGGCGAAGAUGAAGUGGAGUUCUCCGACGACGAACAAGAAGCUGAAUAUAGGCGGAAGUUGAAGCAGAAGCGCCAGGAGAGAAAGGGAGCGAAGAACCAGGACGGCGGGCCUUCGAAGCCUGCAAAGGGGCCACCUGGCCCAUCGAAGUUGAGUCAUAGCGAGCUCAAUUACGAUGAUAACGUACCCGAAGAUGGCUACACCCCGCUUGCGAGACCUAAAAAUCUACACGAGAUGAUGCAGCAGGGAGCUCCCGUGGAGAAUGAUGGUUCUUUCAACAGGACUUCUGGCUUCGGUGGCAGAGGCCGCGGCCGAGGUUCUGAUCGUGGCAGAGGUAGUCGUGGUCGUGGCCGGGGUGGUAGGGAUCACGGACAUCAGUCAUACCACGAUCGUCAGGCGUACCAUCAACAGGAGAGGUCGGAUUCUCAGCCUCAUUCCCAAUCUCAACAACAUCAACCGCAGCCCUAUCCCGCCUACAGCCCAUCUCAGCAAUAUCCAUCGUACCCGACUCUUCCACAACAACCGCAACAACCUCAACAACAGCAGCCAUACGCUCAAGCUGCAAUCCCAACAGCACCCUUCAAUUUCCAGAUGCCGUAUCAGCAGGCUUACCAGCAGCCUAAUCCUUAUCAGCAGAUGUCGCCCACCCCCCAUAUCAACCCGCUGUUCUUGGCUGCGUUGCAACAGCAACAACAGCAGCAACAAUAUCAGCAGACUCAAGCUCUUCCUCAGCAACAACCUGGGGCAGGGCAACCGCAGCCUCAAAACCAGGCUAUGAAUUUUGACCAGGUGAAGGCGCAGCUGGAUCUUCUACGACAGCUGAGCAAUGGGCAAAACCAAUGGCCGCCUCGCUCUUGA